AUGUCGAAGCCCCUCAAGAAUAUCCUGGUCAAGCUUAUAGUGGGUGCUGGUCAGGCCGCUCCUUCGCCGCCUGUAGGUCCAGCUUUGGGCUCAAAAGGUAUAAAAGCCAUCGAUUUCUGUAAAGAAUUCAAUGCCCGUACAGCUAGUUACCAACCAGGAACUCCUGUUCCUGUCUAUAUCACGAUAAAACCCGAUCGCUCUUUCAAUUUCGAAAUGAAAUCACCACCAACUGGUUACUUGCUGCUGAAAAGUUUAGGCAAGGAAAAGGGAAUGGGUCAGCCAAAUGUCAAGACUGCAGCAGGCACACUGGGAGAAUUGUCGCUGAAACAUGUUUACGAGAUUGCAAAGAUCAAAAAAGGCGAUGGCAGACACGCAACGCUAGAUUUGGAAAACAUUGUCAAAUCGGUGGUGGGAGUAGCCAAGAGCAUGGGUAUCAAUGUGGUACCUUAA